AUGAAGGAAAUUAAAGGCGCUGGCGCUAGGCCUGGAAGAGCUCGAAAGGCCAACAACAUGUAUAGAGGCGUGACUGAUGCUUCUAGUGAAGAAUCAAGAUAUAACGUUAAACUAGGUAAGACUCGCAAACAGAAGCGCAAGCUGGAACGCAAGAACACCAAAAGGAUACGCCAUGAAAAGAAGAUGGACUGGCUAAAGAGACGUAAAGGUGGUAAAACAGAGGACUACGAAGAUGAAGAGGACGAUGUAGAUGAGGAAGGAAGCGAUAGGGAAGAAGAGGAAAUUGAAACUGGACCAGAAAAACACCAAAACUCGGUGAAAGAUAUGGAAUUAGAGUAUUUGGAACACCAGUUAAUGAAAAAUAGAAAGGGAAAGAAACAAGGUCGCAAUGGAAAAGUGGACUUGCUACAAGAGCUAAAGUCUGAAUUCCUGAAUGAUGGUUUUGAUGACGACUUCCUAGAUUUUCUAUCAAAUAUUACGCGAAUCGCUGAUAAUGAAGUUGUUCUUGACAGAGAUUCUGCUCCGGAAAUGCCACAAAGCAGAGGAAUUGAGGAUGAUGACAAUCAAGCUGAGGACGACGAAGAGGAUUAUGAUGAAGAAGAAGAGGAAUACGGAGAUGAACCAUCUAGUGACGAUGGAAAUAAAAAACGAGUCAGGUUUGCUCCAGAGGUUGUCAAGCCUAGCAAACCAACAAAAUUAGAUAAACCUGUGAAAGAACCUCCAUCGCUUGAGACUUCUAGAAAACUGCAAAUUGGUCUCGUAAAUCGUUUGUCAGAGGGGAACUUUGCGGUAAUCACGAAGGAGCUCAUUGGUGUAUAUAACGAUCUAAUCUACCAUGAUAUGGAUGGUGAUGAAAAUGUAGUACCAGAGUCAACACUAAAGAGUAUGGAUUCAUUAAUAGAAGGCUUGUGUGAUUGUAUUAUAAAAAUGGUUAUUGAGGAUGUAAAUACCGUUAUCUCGCUGGUGACAAUACAGACGGCUCUUAUCUGUUCAUUGGCCAGCAAUAUAUCCAUAAAUGUUGGUUAUAUUUAUUGCAGUAAGAUACGGCGUUCUUUUGAUGCUUCAUUGGAUGUUCUUUUCGACAACAUCGAUGGUGAAGAAUUGAGUAAUUCAAAACUAGUUGCCAGAAACUGUCUAAUAUCCUUUUCCGCACUCUUUUACUUUAAGAUUGUUGGUGUUGAUGUAAUAUUUGAUCUCAUUAAAUCAAUUACCAAGAAUGAUCUCACGGAGCAUACAGCCCAGCUUUUGAUUAUAAUUUUAAAAUACUCUGGAAACGGAAUUAAAAGUUCUGAUGAUACAUCGUUUAACAGUAUAAUGGAAUAUCUAAAUUCCCUGAUGGAAGGUUACAAGGCAGUUCACGGAGAUUUGAGUAACAGUCGUCUACGUUUUGUUGAUCAAGAAAUUCAGUCGUUUAAACUUUCAAAGACAGGAAAACCCUUGGAUAACUUUGAGUUUUUAAAAAAUGUGAUAAGGGACUUUUCUGUGCAAGAUCAUAGAAUUGAGAUCAGCUCUGAUGAUUUUUUCAAGUUUGACAAGGAAUAUAGAAAGGGAAAGAAUUCUCCACACGUCAUACUGGGUAAUAUAAGGUCUGAUAUGGCAUUGGUCUCCGCAAAAUCUUCUCAAUCUUCCAAUCCAACUACAAUCCUGCUACAAAAAGCUGGGAAACUUGGUCUUUACUCCAAUAGUCAGAAGUCCACAUUUAUCGCAAUUACUGGUUCUCUGAGUCCUGUUCACGCGGUGGAACGAAUUAUGGAUCUUGGACUAAAAUCAAGCAAGUACCCAGAGAUUGUGUCUACUGUUAUUCGUUGUUUGAUGGCGGAGAAAUCUUUUAACGAAUUCUACCUUGAGGUUACAAAAACCUUGUGCAAACUUCCUUCUGUGAGUGGAAAAAGAUUUACUCGUGCUACUGCAAGUGCAGUAAUCGUACAAAUACAAAAUCUCGAACACACAAGUACCAAAAAGGCAAACUUAUUUGGCCGAUACUAUGCUUCAUUAAUUCUUUCAAAGCUGCUCCAACUUCGUAUAUUGAGGUUUUUGGACGCUCAAAUGCCAGCUUCGAUGUUAUCUUUUGUAAAGAUCGUAUUCGUACACUUGAUUACAAUGACCCCUCAAGACAUGGAAGAGUACGUAAUUGCACAAUUUCUAUCUUUGGAGUCGGAGAAGAUAUUCACAACCCUGACAAGUCUUUGGAAGGAAACUCUCUGCUCGCACUGUACAAAUGUAGUUUCUGAAUUGGCUUGCCCUGUAAUACUACUAGAGGCUGCCAAACGGAUAUUUCGGUAA